UUUGUAACCAUGAAUCGAUCAAUGUUAGACCAUCAUUGGAAACCUGUGUUAGUUUGAAUGGAAUUGUGGUAUGUUUUUUUGGCACAAUUUGUAUAUCACAUGGUUUGUUCGAUAAUCACAACUAAAUUGUGAAGUUGGUAGAUAGAAGAGGAGUAGGAGGAGCCGAAUUAUUGUUACAUCUCUCUAUAUCAUCAUUAUGACAAGAAUGAAAUUAUCAGAAAAUUAUCGAAGUCAGAAGAAGAAUACCAGAGUACAAAUUCCUAACAAGUCAAAUGAUAAUAACAAUCAAGUGAUUGUUGUUAGUGAAUUUGUUCGAGCAUUUGUUCGACGUCAUGUCACUGAAACUCAACGAACUCAAUCGGAUUUAUGUUGGCGUCCAGGUUCUAAUAUUAGUCAUAAUAUAAAUCUUUUGCCUCAAUCAACCAAAAUUCAUCGUCAAUUGAAACGAUCCAGACGUAUAACUACUACUUUGACAAACAAUGAUUCUUCUCUUAUUGUGAAAAAGAGAAAGAGUAAAUCUUUCACUAAAUCAUUAUUAAUUGAAAAACCAUCUGUAAUAGCUUCUGAUUUACCAAUUAAAUUACAUAGUUUAUGGAAUGGUUAUUUCCAGUCAGUGAUGUCAAUGCUUCUCAAUAAGUUAAAUAAUAAUAAUAACGCUAGUAUUAAUUUUAAUAUGACGAAAAAUUUGGAUACAGUUUUACGCUUGAAUUUAAUUGGUGCUCAAUUGAAAAUUUUACGUUCAACAUCAUGUCGAGCAGGUGUUGAAGGUAUUGUAAUAAUGGAAACAAAGAAUACAUUCUCUUUAGCUGUGAAAUCACAAAAUCAAUUAACAUCGUCGUCGUCAUCAUCAACCUCAACUCAAUCUUCAGUCACACUUAUAACUGUUCCAAAAUCAGGUUCCUUGUUCUUACUCACAUUACCUCAACUGAUUACUAAACCAAACGAUAAUAAUAACAAUAGCAAUAAUAGUAAUAAUAAUACUAAUAAUACUGCUAUUCAAUAUAAUAAAAAUCAAAAAAUUCAAAUCUUGUUAAAUGGUGAUCAUUUAACUUAUCGUACAGUUGAUCGAGCUAUACGUAAAUGGCGUUAUACACCUACAACAGCAUAUGAAUAUAAUCAAAGUACAUUGUCAACGGAAGCGAUUUUCUCCAAUGUAUUAAUUGAUAAUGUAAUCAAUCAAUAGUUAAUUGAUUUUCAAUGAAUUCA